AUGGCUACUAUCCAACUUGCCCGCCCAACAAUCCGCCAUUUCUCAGUCCACCGCUCUCAGGCAAGCACUCGCACAUCGCGCUUCGUAGCCACAUCAUGUCUCGUCUCUGCCGUCGUGCUUCCCUUCGUCCCACCAGCCCUUGAGAGCUCGCGCGAGAGGAACCUAGGCUAUCCCAACCACAGCAAACCGCACCCUCCCCUUUGUUUCCAUGCUCGUUGA